UCCCUCAUCCCCGUCUCUCCCUUAGCAAAAACCUUAUCCUCUGCCGAGGAAUUUCAAGUUCCUCAAAACCCCAUAAACCAUGGCUUCCUCUGCAUCUACCCUUCAAUUUCUAUCCCUAGCUUCCUCUAAAACCCUAUCUUCACUCUCUAAAACCCCAUCUCCAGCUUCACUUUGCCUAUUCCCUUCCUCCCUCAAGCCCCUUCCAAAGCUUUUCUCGAUACCCACUUCGAGUAAGCUCUUUGAAGCCUCACCCUCGUCUCGAAUCUUCCGUAGUGUAGCCGUUUCAUCUGGUUUGGAGUUGGACGAAGAGCUAUCCAGUGAUGGCGAUGACGAACAGCAGCAGAAUUUCUCCCCUGACCUUAAACUAUUCGUCGGCAACUUGCCGUUCAGUGUCGACAGCGCCGCUCUUGCUGGGGUUGUUCGAGGGUGCUGGAAAUGUUGAGAUGGUUGAGGUCAUAUACGACAAAGUUAGCGGAAGAAGCAGAGGUUUUGGCUUUGUUACAAUGUCAUCUGUCGAAGAAGUUGAAAGAGCUGUUCAGAAGUUCAAUGGCUACGAGCUUGAGGGAAGACAAAUUAGGGUGAACUCCGGACCUCCACCAAAGAGGGAGGAAUCUUCCUUCGGAGGGCCAAGAGAAGGUGGCCGUUUUGGCGGCGGCAGUGGUGGUGGCAGAAGCUUCGACAACACCAACAGGGUGUACGUCGGAAACCUUGCUUGGAGUGUUGACAAUCUUGCCCUUGAAACUUUAUUCAGAGAGCAAGGAAAUGUUGUGGAAGCGAAGGUUGUUUAUGAUAGGGAGAGUGGAAGAUCAAGGGGCUUUGGGUUUGUGACUUACAGUUCUGCUGAUGAAGUCAACAGCGCAAUUGAUUCAUUAAAUGGCGUUGAUCUUGAUGGCAGGAAUAUUCGGGUUAGUGUUGCUGAAGCUCCACAAAGGCGUCAGUUUUAAAUGAUAUGAGAGAGGGAAGUGAUGCUUAUAAGUAGCAGGUGUCAUAAGCAUCUAAGUUUUGUAAUGAAAUAUGCUUUUGAAACUAUAUACUGAUUUGUAAUCAAUCAAUUUGGCGUAUGCAAAAUUAAAUUCGUUUGGAUCUUUUGUGGGAAAAAUGUUAUGUGUGAUUGUGGAUUUGUGAGAAAAAUUGGGU